CCGUGUUCUUAUAUCAAACUUUGGGAUCCAUCAAAGUAAAUGUUUCACAGGUGUGUUUGGUUCUCUUUGUGCUGGUGGCGUCUGGCUGGUGUGUUUGGCGUUGAGUCGGUGUCAGUGAUGGAGGGAGAUUCUGUCACUUUAUACACUAAUGUUACUGUAAUACAUGAAGAUGAUGAUUUAAUGUGGAAUUUUGGAACUGAAAAGCGUUUCAUAGCUCGAAUCAAUAAAGUGGCUGGAAUCGUCAAUAUAUCAGAUGGUCCUGAUGGGAGAUUCAGAGACAGACUGAUACUGAACAAUAAAACUGGAGAUCUCACCAUCACAAACACCAGAAUCACAGACACUGGACUUUAUCAACUACAGAUCAGUGGAGCUAAACGGUCAUCAAAAACAUUCAUCGUUACUGUCUAUGCUCGUCUGCCGGUUCCUGUGAUCACUUCGGACUCUUCACUGAAUUCUUCAUCCUCUGAAAAUUCAUCUAAAUGUGUGUUGGUGUGUUCAGUGGUGAAUGUGACACAGGUGACUCUCUCCUGGUACAAAGGAAACAGUUUACUGUCCUCCAUCAGUGUGUCUGAUCUCAACAGAAGUCUCUCACUACAUGUGGAGUGUGUCGAUGAUUCUUACAGCUGUGUGAUCAACAAUCCCAUCAGAAAACAGACUAAACAUCUCAACAACACUGAAGUCUGUCAGAAGUGUCCAGUUCAUAUGGUGCUGAUCUCUGCUGCUGCCGGAUCUCUGUUGAUCGUGGUUGCAUUUGUGAUAUUCUGCAUCUACCGGAAAUGUACAAAAACAGCCCAGACACGGAAAAGAUCCUGCAGUAAACAAAAAACACGUAAAAAGGAAUCAAAGCAUGUGGAGCUAGUGUACGAAAACAUCCCCAAGAAACGAUGAUCAAAAUACCAAAUUGUUUUUUUUUGGAUUUGGAUUUCCUGAAAUGUAUUUAGUCUCUGGUUGGAUGUUGUUCAGUGUGAAUGAUCAGGAAAUAUUAAGUCUUAAUUUGUCUCUUCUUACCUUGGACAAAAUAGCUUGAAGCAUGCAAUGUCUACUUUAAACGCAAGUGAAUAAGAUCUGUAUUUUGUACAGUCAUCACAAAAGGAGAAGUUAAGGACUGGCAAUCACCAUUAACUUUCAUUGCAUGGAUAAAAACGUAUAAAUGAAAGUGAUGUAUAUAUAGAAGAAAAUGAGGAUGAAUACAUGCUGACAUAAGUUUUGAAUGAACUACAAUAUUCCUUGAACU